AUGCGUCCGCUUAUCUUGCUCGCUCUUCUCUUCUCCGUUACCAUCGCUUUCAACAUUUUCCGUGAUGAAGUCGUACCAGAGGAGCAACUUUUGACGGUUCGUCGUACUACUCGUGACGCCAAGGAUAGCAGUGAUAGCAGUGAUUCAGAUGAGAAGGACGCCAAGGUUACUGAAGGAUCCGGUUCCGGUGACACCCCAGCAGAGCCAGAGGAGCAACUUCGCCGUGUUGUCCGUGAUGUUGAGGGAGAAUCUUCUGGAGAAGAGGGAUCCGGUGACGCCGCUCAAGUCACAUCUGCACCAAUCCGUUUCGUUCGUUCCGUCGAUGUCGAAGGAUCUGGAUCUGGCUCUGACGAGUUAUCUUCAAUCGAAUAA